AUGGAUUGCAGUCAAAAGGAAACAAGGCAAUUGAUUUUAGGAGAAAUUCUUAGAGAAACCUUCACACCUCCUGUUUUUUUGGAUUGGUCCAGAAGAGAGAACGUCGACAGUUUCCUGAGAUUGGUAAAAUCUGGACACGAAUCGAAUGGCAGCAGCUAUGGUUCAGAAAAAGAAUUUGGGGGAAAUACGGGGGUAUCUUCAGAAAGUGAAGCUGAAAACUACGCUGAUAAAGAACCUGUUCUCAAUUUAGACCCUUCGGACGAUUACCAAAGGGAGCUGGGUUUGCUCAAAGCAGAGGCUGGAAGAGACAUCAAAAUAUUGUUUUCGACGAAAGAUGCAAAAGGGAAUCUUUCUUAUGACGCAGAUAAUGAAGUAAAUGUCAGAAUUCAGGCCUCGUCAGGAAACUUCAAGUUUAUAAAGAAGACGAUUGAAGACGAUCUGACUGUUGUGAGUUUUACUCCAGCUACUGUAGGUCCACACAGCGUAAUAAUUACAGUGAAUGGUCUGCCAUUAACUCGUAGUCCCUGGAGUGUAGAGGUGUCUCCACAUCAGUACAAAUGUGUGUUUGAUAUAACACUGAAUGUAAGAGUUCAUCCCUACAUUGCAGUUAACAAGAAAACUAACGAGAUUGCAGUCGCACAUGAUGAUUUAGUGCUAAUACUCAGUCCAGAUCAUUCAUACGUAAGGCAUUUUCGCUGGGAAAAUAAGCCACAGAUUAGAAGCAUGGACUUCACCACACAUGGCAGCUUCAUCACAAUUGUACAAGGGCUGUCCUCUCUGUCCUUGUUUGACCAAGGCGGUAAGUUUAUUAAACACAUCGGCCAAGAGUAUGUGAUGCAACCGUUCUCGGUGUCUGUUUCGCACGAUGGAAACAUAAUCGUAUGUGAUUGGGUUGACGAUUCAAUCAAGGUCCCCUCCCCUUACGGUACGAAAUUAUUACAGUCCUUCAAAGUUCCAGACUGUCAGUCUCCCCCGAUGUUUGCUGUUUAUCAUCAGGACAUGUUCUUUGUGUCCUAUUCCUUACCUUAUUGCGUUAAAAAGUUCAACAGAGACGGAGUGUUUCUGUAUGAUAUUGACGGUGAAGGAUCUGGUGACGGACAGUUGAAUAUAUCUUAUGGUCUUGCCAUUGACAAGUUUGGCAACCUGAUUAUUCGAGAUUGUGGUGAUCAAAGACUUAAGGUGUUCACAGUGGAUGGUAAAGCUAUUAGCACAAUAGACAGGAGACAGGAAAAAGACAGACAUUCGGGCUAUUUUAGAAUUUCUCGAAGUUCUUUAGUUGCUUCAUCUAAUACUGGAAACUUGUAUGUUUCUGAUUAUGGACGUGUUCUCGUUUACCAGUAG